AUUUUAACUAGGAGUGACAAAUAAACAGCUUGAAGCAAGCACGCUUGGCCUCUUAUUUGGAGAACUCUUUGCGCCAAAAGAAGGACGCACCAUCUGCGGCACCGACGACGAGGAGGAGGAGGAAAGGGAUGAAGGAAGCCUCGGGAUGCAGUGAGAAGUCGAGGAAGGAAGGACGAUUUUGAGGUGCUCCAUGUCGAAAAUGAGCUUGAUCCAAGCCGGGCACGACGUCGUCGGCGGCGGCCCCAGGGGGGAGGCGGGCAGAGGCGGACUCGUCGCUAACAACGGCGGCGGUCCCCCGAGGCUCCAGCCGGGCGCGCAGCCUCCGGCUCCCGGCGGCCGGAGCAGAGAUGCCCGCUCCCACCAGCGGCACCAGCACCACCACCACCACCACCACCAUCACGGAGGAAGCUCCAGCGGCGGCACCUCCAUGCUCAAGCAGCCGACGUCGCACAGCGAGCCCGCCGACGCGGUGAGGCGGGCGCUGGACUUCAAGUGCCAGGGCACGCAGUGCUACAAGGACAAGAAGUACCGCGAGGCCAUCGGCAAGUACCACCGCGCGCUGCUGGAAAUGAAGGGGCUGUGCCGGCUGCUGGGCGACCCGGACGGCGGAGGCUCCAAGUCGCUGCUGGCCGCCAUCGGCAAGUCCAGCCCGCUGACGGAGGAGCAGAAGGGGGCCAUGGAGAACGCCGAGCUGGAGUGCUACAACAGCCUAGCCGCCUGCCUUCUCCAGAUGGAGCUGGUCAACUACGAGCGUGUGAAGGAGUACUGUCUGAAGGUGCUGCACAAGGAGGGCAAGAACUUUAAGGCCCUGUAUCGCUCGGGCGUGGCCUACUACCACCUGGGGGACUUCCAGAAGGCGCUCCACUAUCUGAAGGAGUCGCACAAGCAGGAGCCCUCAGACACUAACGUCGUCCGCUACAUUCAGCUGACGGAGAUGAAAAUCCGCCGCAGCGCUCAGAGAGAAAAGAAAGACGCCACAUAAAUAAAAAAAGACCACAGACGACUUUUCCAACUCAUCGCCACUUCCUGUCCCGCCCCUCACUGUGUGUCGCCUGGACUUGUCAUUGUAUAGCAGUCAGGAAUGUUCCAAUGGGAUUUCAAACACUGCUUGAAGGGUACAGAUGUUUUUUUUUGUUCUUUUCCUUUCGCCAAAGUGUCACGUUUGCAAUCACUGCCUGUCCAAAUAUACACUGUGGCGGAAGCACAACAGCAACAAGAACAAAAACGUGCAUAGGUGUUUGUUGUGUUUGUGUUCAAUUCCAGCACUUGGCUCAAAAUGGAGCGUAUGAAUAACAAGCACCCGCGCAACCACAAACUGCUGUUAUUUUUUCGUCUGGUGCUGUCGAGGGAAAUGCAUGUAGUUUAUUUACAUGGGCGGUACACGGAAAAGCACACCGUUGCCACCAUUAACUGAAAAAAUACAUAUCAGAGAAUUGUACAUAGAAAUGGGAAAAGAACCAUUUCUUGGUGAUGAACACCAAAAAACAAAGCACUUGGAUCACAGUAUUUAAAUAUGAAUAUGUAUUGUAUGUAUGUGGUGGUCGUUUGUAUUGAUGGUUGUUGUGAUGACGCCGCAGCAGUGCGAACGGAACAUCUCAUCCUUGAUUAUUAUUAUUAUUAUUUAUACUUUCAAAUGCAUACAAAUGCUGAUGAAAGCACAUGUACGUAAUUAAAAAAAAAAACACCUCAACCAACCACGGCUGCAAUACUUUUUCACUGGUCGACUACACAAGUGAUAAUAAUGAUGAAACAAAUUUCAGGUAGUGAUAACUGUAGUAAGAGUAAUAAUAGCUGUGGCAGUAAUAAUAAUAGUGAUAGUACUACUUUGAAACCCUAAUCCUGUUUCAAAACCCUACUUUGAAACCCUAAUCCUGUUUUGAAACCCAACUUUGAAACCAUAACGCGGCUUUGAAACACUACAUUGAAACCAUAAAUCUGUUUUGAAAGCCUACUUUGAAACCCUAACACGGUUUUGAAACACUACUUUGAAACCCUAACCCUGUUUUGAAACCCUAACCAUGUUUCAAAAUGGUAUUUUCAAACCAUAACCCUGUUUUGAAACCCUAAUCCUGUUUUGAAACCCUACUUUGAAAUCCGAACAUGGUUUUGAAACCCUACAUUGAAAGCUUGGCCUUUUUUUGAAACCCUACUUUGAAACCGUUAACCUGUUUUGAAACCCUGUUUUAAUACCCUACUUUGAAACCCUUAUCCUGUUUAGUCGUAAUAAUAGUAAAAAUAAAAGUAAUAGCGAUAGAAGCCAUAGUAAUAAUAGUAGUAAUAAUAGUGGUAACUAAGACACUAUAGCACACUGAAAAAAACGUUCUUUGAAUUUACUUAAUUCGAACAUGGACAUGAUUAAGUUAUGCUAUUAUUUUUGAAGAGGUGAAAUGAUUUC